UGGACCUAUGGUUGUACAUUGUAGUGCUGGUGUUGGUCGAACUGGAUCAUUUAUAUCCAUUGAUUCUAUGCUGAAAAUGGCUAAGGCUGAGGGAUGUAUUGAUGUCUUCAACUUUGUGAAAAGAGGGAGAGAAAACAGAAUGCACUUUGUUCAAACAGUAGAGCAAUAUGAGUUUAUCCACACCGCUGUAAUGGAAGCUAUCUUGUGUGGAGACACUUCAAUUCCAGCAUCAGAUUUCAGGCAGAUUUAUGGAAAAUUACAGAGAUUGACAGAAAGACCAAAAAAUCACAACUGCAAGUACAAUGGGAGAAUCUUGGCAAAGUGAGUCGUAAACCCAGAGCAGAUGAAUG